AUGGCAGAUCGUCAUGAAGGCAAACCUUUGGAGACUGAAACUGGCACAUAUCUGUGUCAGUGUGUUCGUUGCCGCAUAGGUGGAUCUCGGUUUUGCCUUGGACAAGAACGAGUUCGAAAGCACUGCACAUCUGUUGCCCGACUUGUAUCAAACUGCGUCGACACCGUUGUCGUCUUUGUGGGCGCGGAAGAGCGUAAAUUCGUUUGCCAUAAGGCUAUCUUGGGUUUUAGCUCGGACUUUUUCGAUGCUGCCUUCUAUGGAACUAUGAAAGAAGCUAACGAAAGUACUAUCUCGAUGCCAGAAGAAGACUGUACUGCCUUUCAAGCCUUUGUUAGUUGGGCAUACACUGGUCAAAUCAACAGCUGUGUGUGCCCCGAAGAGCUUUGGGUAUUAGGAGACAAAUUGCAAAGCGCAAGGUUUUCCAACGCAGUCAUGUUUCAUAUGUUUGAUGGAUACCGCGAUGAAGAUACUUUCAUCAGCACUAAAAGUGUUGAAAUUGCAUUUUACGAAAUAGCAGAUGGCUCGAAGCUCCGGAAAUUCUUGAUGGACUUACUCAACGUUCAAGGUCCUUUCUGCAAAAGGGUGCUGGAGUCAAAAAAGGCAGCAGGCUAUGUCAGGGAUUGGCAGCGUCUUAUACAGAGUGGUGGAGAUAUUGUACUACAAAUUGUCCAAAACGCUUCUCUUAUCGAUGACUAUUGGGCUAAUUGGGAUGAUGCUGAGGAGGAGAUACCAACAUGGAUGGAAAGUCAGCACAAAUAUUUGCUUCCGAUAACCUCCCGACCAAUCGAUGAUUUCCUCCAAGGCAAGAAGAGAUCCACGCCACUGUGA